AAAGGCCAAAUGAUUCAACUGGAAGCCGACAGAAAUUUAAAAAAAAAAACACAAAAAUCAAUUUUUGAAGAACAGCGAGCUUCAAGCCAGAAAUAAUAAAUCACUGAAUCAAUAACACUGGUUUCAUUUCCAGAUGAAUCAAAUCAAACGGUGCCGUUCUCUUUGUAGCAGAAUUCCAGCUAUAUCUAACCUAGCUAGUAGUACUAAACACGAAUGGUUACCAGCAAACGGAACAAGUUGUAUUGCAAUCCGCGGAUUUUCAGGCGGCGGUGGUGUCGGAAACGACGGUGAAUUACUCAGUAGAAAUCUUCUUGCACAAAUUUGGAUUGAUGAUAUGAAAAUGGAAAAAUGUAGAAAGAAAGGAAAUAAUCGAACUAGACAACAAAAAAUUACUAAGUCUAAGAAUGUAGGAUAUCAGAUUACGAGGCAGUUGUGGAGUCGAUCUAUGAAACAAAACAGAUAUAGUGGCGACACGGUUCUACAGCAGGCUCCGACUAGUCAAUCUGUUUCCGGUUAUUUAGCGCCGGAUUCUUUGGAGGAAGCCAAGGUUGCACCACUGCUUGCUAGGUCUAAUUUGCUGAUUACCAGGGAUAUAGAGUGGGCAAAUCUGAUGCUUGGUUUUGAGCAGGAAAACCGUUAUGCAGUAGUUGAUGUGUGCUAUCCUCAGGCACCUGUAGGUUUUAUCCGUGAGCAAAGUAAUUUACUUGCUAGGCAGUUUCUUCGCACAAGACGCCCUUUUGUUGCUAACAUAAUGGACGCUAUGGGUAAUGAGCUGUUUAGGGUUCGGAGACCAUUUUGGUGGAUAACCAGCUCCAUAUAUGCAGAGAUUGAUGGUAAGGAAGUUGGUGUGGUUCAUAGACGAUGGCAUCUGUGGAGGAGAAUAUAUGAUUUGUACCUUGGAAAUAAGCAAUUUGCUGUGGUUGAAAAUCCUGGACUUUGGAAUUGGACAUUUACAUUGAAGGGCGUUAAUGAUGAAAUUCUAGCUCAAAUAGAUCGUGACUGGAGGGGUUUUGGAUUUGAGAUCUUUACUGAUGCCGGUCAGUAUGUGAUACGAUUUGGUAGCUCUGAUCCCAGUUCAAAGACCGGUCCUGCAGCUGCGAUUCAUGAGUUGGAAGUUUCCCGUCCUUUGACAUUAUCGGAGAGAGCUGUAGCUGUCGCCCUUGCCAUUUCUCUGGAUAAUGACUAUUUUUCAAGGCACGGUGGUUGGGGACUUCCUUUCGUUGCUGUUGCUGAGUAGUGACGUGGUUGCUGUUCUAACAGAAUCAAUCCAUUCAAAUUGCUUUACACCUACCCCUGGAGGGAUUUAAGGUGUAAGCUCCAGCAACUUAUAUCAAGAUCUUGAUUUUUUUGUUUGUUCAUUGGUGUUUAUAGUUACAUUUUAAUGAUCAUCUCAGCCACUGUGGGCCCUCGGUUUCUUUUUUAGUUUAAUUCUGUUCCCUUCGUGAGUAAUUUUAACCGAGCAAGUCGUGUAUAAGAUCGAUUAUGGACUUAUGGGGUUUGCAAUUGUUGAUAUUUAUCAGGAUAUAUUCUCAUUAUGAUUUCGUA